AUGUCACAUCGCCGCAGUGGUAGAGGCAGAGGGACCACCUCUUUGUUUAUACGUAAUGUGUCAUACGACACCAAGCCUGAGGAUCUGCGCAAGUUGUUUACUCGGUAUGGCUACGUGAGAGACGUGUACAUCCCACUUGACUACUACACGAGAGAGCCACGUGGUUUCGCGUAUGUUGAGUUUGAGGACGCACGUGACGCAUCAGAUUCCAUGGAGGAGCUGGACGGAUACAGGUUCAUGGACAGGGAGUUGGAGAUUGUUUUUGCAGAGGGCGACAGAAAGAAUCCUAACCUGAUGAGACGCAAGGAGACCGCGGCUACACGUUACGGUUACGGCCGGAGGGGCAGCCGCAGUCGCAGCAGGAGCCCCAGAAGGAGACGCCGCAGCAGAUCCCCCCGCAGAUCCCGUCAGUCCAGGUCCAGAUCACACACACCUGGCUCUAAAACACCCUCUCGUUCCAGAUCCAGGUCCAGGAGUCAGCCCCGCCGCUCCUCCAACAGAAGGAAAUCUCCCACUCCCAAAUCAGCUUCCCGCUCUCCUGUUUCCGCUGCCUCUGGAAGAUCUAGGUCCAAAUCACCAUAA